CAGACAUUGAGACUAUAAAUGUAAAACCCAUUCAUUUUGCCAAAAGCCAAGUUGUAACCUCCCCCUCCUCUUCUUCUUCUUCUUCUUCUUCUUGAACUUUUAUGUCUGCAAUUGGAUCAGAGAGCAGGUGAUGAUUUGAAAAUCAUUAGCAACCCAAUUUGUCUCUGCCUUCAAAAAGUCCCACCAACCAUUUUGUGAUCUGCAACACCCUCUGGCCUCUCAUUCUUUGUCAGUUUUUCCAUUUCUUGACAAGAAAGAUUAUGAUGGUUGCCUAGUGUUUACAUCCAAGGAGUGCAAGUUCUGAAGUUCCUGGAUCAGUUCAAUCAGAAGCUCUUUCUGCAAAUGGCAGUGAAGAAGAUCUCAUGGAGGUGUAUUGUCACGAGCUGUUGCAUAACAAAGGAAGAAACUGAGGAGUGCAGGCCCAAGAAGGAUGUGACGAAGCAGAUCUCGUUCCAGAGGCUCUCUCUCAUGGAUUUGAGCAACCCCAGUUCGACUACACUCUCGGAGGACCUCUCGAUAUCGCUCGCGGGAUCGAACCUCUGCGUGUUCACCCUCCAGGAGCUGAAGCUGAUCACGCAGAGUUUCUCGUCGAGCAACUUCCUCGGGGAAGGCGGGUUCGGGCCCGUGCACAAGGGGUUUAUCGACGACAAGCUGAGGCCCGGGCUGAAGGCGCAGCCAGUGGCGGUCAAGCUCUUGGAUUUGGAAGGGAUGCAGGGUCAUAGGGAGUGGUUGGCAGAAGUGAUCUUUCUUGGCCAAUUGAGGCAUCCUCAUCUGGUGAAGCUGAUUGGUUAUUGCUGUGAAGAUGAACAUAGACUUCUGGUCUAUGAAUACAUGCCUAGAGGGAGCUUAGAAAGCCAAUUAUUCAGAAGGUACUCAGCGACGUUACCGUGGUCCGCGAGAAUGAAAAUAGCGCUCGGCGCGGCAAAGGGCUUGGCAUUCCUGCACGAGGCAGAGAAUCCGGUCAUCUACAGAGAUUUCAAGGCAUCAAACAUAUUGUUAGACUCUGAUUAUACAGCAAAGCUCUCAGAUUUUGGACUGGCAAAAGAUGGUCCGGAAGGUGAUGACACUCACGUCUCAACCAGAGUGAUGGGGACACAAGGCUAUGCUGCCCCUGAAUACAUCAUGACUGGCCAUUUGACAGCGUUGAGCGAUGUCUAUAGCUUCGGUGUGGUACUCCUGGAACUCCUGACCGGAAGGAAGUCCGUGGACAAGAGCCGCCCGCACCGGGAGCAGAACCUUGCGGAGUGGGCCCGGCCCAUGCUGAACGACCCCAAGAAGCUUGCCCGUGUGAUGGACCCAAGGCUCGAGGGGCAGUACUCCGAGAGCGGGGCGCGGAAGGCGGCCGCGCUGGCCUACCGGUGCCUGAGCCACAGGCCCAAGAUGAGGCCAACCAUGAGCACAGUGGUCAAGACCUUGGAGCCACUCAAGGACUUUGAUGACAUCCCAAUUGGGCCAUUUGUGUACACAGUCCCAAUGGAGAUCGAUCCAUUGCAGAAGGAAGAAGGGAAAGAGAAGGAGGGGAAGAGAAGGAACGGGCACCGUCACCGUAGCCAUCAACUUCGCCAUGGCCAUAAACACCAUCACCAAGAUGUUAGGUCCCCAAACAAGUCUCCAGUUCACUCCGAUUCUGCUCAUAGCGGUCACAACCACAGGAAUGGACUGAAUUACCCCUUGAGAAACUGUUGAAAGUUCAAAGUAGAUAAGAAAACAAAUCCAUUGCGGUUGGGAAUAGAUUUGCCAAAUAGUGUACAUUAUAGGGUUCAAGUGCAAGGUAUAACCGUUGAAAGCUAGGACAAGGAGCCUGCUUUUGUCUUUUCCUUUUGUCUUUGGGACAAUUGACGAGUAUCUACGGAACACUAUUGUAUUUCGAAAAUGUAAAAGAUGCUAUUUUUUUCAGAAUCACUUUUUCUUUUUA